GCCAUGGCCGAGCGGGGCCGCCUGGGCCUGGCCGGCGCGCCCGCCGCGCUCAACACGCCGGUGCCCAUGAACCUGUUCGCCACCUGGGAGGUGGACGGCUCCAGCCCCAGCUGCGUGCCCAGGUUGUGCAGCCUGACCUUGAAGAAGCUGGUGGUGUUCACAGAGCUGGAGAAGGAGCUCGUCUCCGUGGUGAUCGCCGUCAAGAUGCAGGGCUCCAAGCGGAUCCUGCGGUCCCAUGAGAUCAUGCUGCCCCCCAGCGGACAAGUGGAGACCGACCUGGCGCUGACGUUCUCGCUGCAGUACCCUCACUUCUUGAAAAGAGAAGGCAACAAGCUUCAGAUCAUGCUGCAGCGGAGAAAGCGGUACAAAAACCGAACGAUCUUGGGCUACAAGACGCUGGCAGCGGGCUCCAUCAACAUGGCCGAGGUGAUGCAGCACCCGUCCGAGGGCGGCCAGAUUCUGAGCCUCUGCAGCAGCAUCAAGGAGGCCUCGGUGAAGGUGGCUGAGAUCUGGAUCUUCUCCCUGUCCAGCCAGCCCAUUGACCAUGAGGACAGCGCCAUGCAGGCUGGGCCCAAGGCCAAGUCCGCAGAUAACUAUUCUGAGGAGGAGUAUGAGAGCUUCUCCUCCGAGCAGGAGGCCAGUGAUGAUGCCGUGCAAGGGCAGGACUUGGACGAGGAAGACUUCGAUGUGGGCAAGCCCAAGAAGCAGCGGAGAUCGAUAGUAAGAACGGCGUCCAUGACCAGGCAGCAGAACUUCAAGCAGAAGGUUGUGGCCUUGCUGCGGAGGUUUAAAGUGUCAGACGAGGUCCUGGACUGCGAGCAGGACCCCGCGGAGCGUGUCCGCGAGGCGGAGGAGGACCUGGACCUUCUGUGUGACGCGCUGGACGUGGAGCGCGCCAGCGACAGCGGCCCCGACCUGGAGGAGGAUGACAGCGUGCUCAGCGCCCCCAAGCCGCGGCUGCGGCCCUACUUUGAGGGGCUGUCACACUCCAGCUCACAGACGGAAAUCGGGAGCAUCCACAGCGUCCAGAGCCACAAGGAGCCCCCGAGUCCGGCUGACGUGCCCGAGAAGACUCGGGCCCUGGGAGGCAAGCAGCCGAGCGACAGCGUCUCUGACACCGUGACCCAUAGCACCCCCGCCCCUGGGGAGCAGCCGGCACAGCCUGAGGACAGCCCGGAGGUGGGGACCUCGGCCCUGGAUGUGUUCACUGAGAAGCUGCCGCCCAGUGGGCGGAUCACCAAGACGGAGUCUCUGGUCAUCCCCUCCACCAGGUCCGAGGGGAAGCAGGCCGGCCGCCGGGGCCGGAGCACAUCCCUGAAGGAGCGCCAGCCGGCCCGGCCGCAGAACGAGCGGGCCAACAGUCUGGACAACGAGCGCUGCCCCGACACGAGGAGCCAGCUGCAGAUCCCCAGGAAGACCGUGUACGACCAGCUAAACCACAUCCUCAUCUCUGAUGACCAGCUGCCUGAAAACAUCAUUCUCGUCAACACCUCCGACUGGCAGGGGCAGUUCCUGUCGGAAGUCCUGCAGAGGCACACGCUCCCCGUGGUGUGCACGUGCUCCGCGGCCGACGUCCAGGCGGCCUUCAGCACCAUCGUCUCGCGGAUACAGAGAUACUGCAACUGCAACUCCCAGCCCCCGACCCCCGUGAAGAUCGCCGUGGCGGGAGCGCAGCAUUAUCUCAGCGCCGUGCUGCGGCUGUUCGUGGAGCAGCUGUCCCACAAGACACCCGACUGGCUGGGCUACAUGCGCUUCCUCAUCAUCCCGCUGGGCUCCCACCCCGUGGCCAGGUACCUGGGCUCCGUGGAUUACCGCUACAACAACUUCUUCCAGGACCUGGCCUGGAGAGACCUGUUCAACAGGCUGGAGGCCCAGAGCGCUGUGCAGGACACCCCGGACAUCGUGUCCAGGAUCACGCAGUACAUCGCGGGCGCCAACUGCGCCCACCAGCUGCCCAUCGCAGAGGCCAUGCUGACCUACAAGCAGAAGAGGAAAAAGAACUUUCAUUUUGACUUUACCCUCAGCCCUGACGAGGAAUCUUCGCAAAAGUUCAUCCCCUUCGUAGGGGUGGUCAAGGUUGGAAUAGUGGAGCCGUCCUCAGCCACAUCAGGUGACUCUGAUGACGCGGCCCCCUCGGGCUCCAGCGUGCUCUCGUCCACCCCACCGUCCAUGUCUCCCGCGGCCAAGGAGGCCUCGCCCACCCCGCCUUCCUCGCCGUCGGUGAGCGGGGGCCUGUCCUCCCCCAGCCAGGGCGUCGGCGCUGAGCUGAUGGGGCUGCAGGUGGAUUACUGGACGGCGGCCCCGCCUGCAGACAGGAAGAGAGAGGUGGAGAAGAAGGACCUGCCUGCCACCAAAAACACGCUCAAGUGCACCUUCCGGUCUCUCCAGGUCAGCAGGCUGCCCAGCACUGGCGAGGCUGCGGCCACGCCCACCAUGUCCAUGACCGUGGUCACCAAGGAGAAGAACAAGAAGGUGAUGUUUCUGCCCAAGAAAACCAAGGACAAGGAUGUGGAGUCUAAAAGCCAGUGCAUCGAGGGUAUCAGCCGCCUGAUCUGCACAGCCAAGCACCAGCAGAACAUGCUGAGGGUCCUCAUCGACGGCGUGGAGUGGAAUGACGUCAAGUUCUUCCAGCUGGCGGCCCAGUGGUCCUCCCACGUCAAGCACUUUCCCAUCUGCAUCUUCGGACACUCCAAGUCCACCUGCUAGCCCCGCCCCCGAGCCCUGGACGGCGUGCGCCGGGGGCCCAGCUGCUUCUGUUAACAUUUCAGUUUACUACAGAGACACUUAAAAACACAAAGAGAAACAGUCUUAAGUAUGAAUGUGCUCUCAACCUGGAAACUCACGGGGAGGCUCCCCACCGGGGCCGUGAGCUGCUCUGCUGGAUGACCGGAUGUGCCGCGGGGCGGGAGGUCAAGCAGACGGCGCUGAGCUUUGAGAUCACGAAAGGUGUGUUGGCUUCAGGACCUCCCGAGCCCCCCCAGCAAGAAGGGUCCUCACCUUCGUGUCCUGUCCUUCCUGAAAGCCAGGACUGCUUCCUCAGGGAACUGGGGUCAGGCCGGUGGCCACGCAGAUCCAUGGGCUGCCUGUGGGCCCAGACACGGGGCUGGGUGGCCGGAGGCUGGAGGCCAGACGGCCCAGGCCUGGGCCCAGCCGCCCACCAGCCGAGACGCCCCAGCAGCGCCCACUUGUGGUUCCUGAUAAACUCCAGCCUCACGGGGCAGCGGAGGUUUUCUAGUAGCAGAUAUUUUUAAUGCUUUUAAAUACAUGUUAUAAUGUAGCUGCCAAACAGACACUGCUCUUCUGACGUCCCGGCGGCCCCUCGGGGCUGGGGCAGAGCCAGCCAGCACCGUCGCACGCCCUAGCCCCCAGCACCUGCCUCGCCCCCGAGCUGCCCCACCCCCACCCCCCGUGGUUCUUGAGCCGUCACUAGGCUUCUGCCGGCCGUCUCUGUCCCACUCCUGGCACAGUGGACCCCAACACUGGCCCCAGCCCCCUCACCCUUCUCCCCCCAGCCCCCCGGCCACCUGCCGGCUGAGCAGUGUCUGGGCCCACGCACACUUACGUGGCCAGCGAAAGCUAAGGCAGGGCAGCCUGGCCACAGGCACCAGGCACCAGUGGAGCCGUAGGUACAGCUGGGAGUACCCCACGGAGGCAGGAGCCCUGGCGUCUCUGGGCCAAGCUCCCAAGAGUGAGGGUUUGGGUUUGGGUCCCGCCCUGGGUGGCAGCCUUGCUGCCUGCCUUCCCGUGUAGCAGGAAAGGGACAUCUUGACCUGAAGCUAGAGUCCAGCCCAGUGUCCACAGGAAGAGCCCACCAGUCCCCAUCCUUUGGCAGCUGGGACCCUGGUAGCCCACUCGGGGCCACCCAGGCUGUGCUCAGAAAACAGUGCCAAACAGCGCAGGCUGCAGGCCUCACCAACGGCCUGUGCCACAGGCAGGCCUGACCUCGGGGGAGUGAGAUGGCCCCCUCCCCUUACCUGUGACCUACCUGCUUCCUCCCCCAAGGCAGGAAGGGGUUCCUGGGCUAAUUACGGAACAGGACACGGGCCUGACCUCGUGUGCGGCCUCAGGAUUGCCUUUGGGCAGAGGAGGACCUUCCCCAGGACGGCCUGUACUCCUCCUGACAGCACGGGGGACCAGGCUGACUCCUGACUCGGAAGGACCAGGGUUGGGGUGCUGGCCGCUGAGCCCAGCACCUCAGGCAGCCUGUGCGGUGUCUGCAAGCCGCCACCCUGAGAAGCAGGCCCUGGGACCGUGAGCCUCCCUGCGCUGGUUCCCACCACUGGGCCUCAGGGCCUUGGUCACUGCUCCUUAAGGUUCCUUUCCAAAGGUCAAACUCCGCAGGAAGGAGGUACAGCCAAGGCUCCUGACGUAGCUUUUGAGCUACAGAGCUGGCUUUAGAGGAAGGGACCAGAGAGAGCAGUCACCCUAUUGUGGGACCAUCCCCCUCCCCCCUCAAAUGUGCCUCCCUGUCCACUUCCAUAGCUGCGUCCUUGUACACACAAGGGGAGGGCACGCAGCGCCUCCACCCUAUGCCCCUGGGCCUACAGAGCCCGGUGGCCAUCCGUCCUGUGCCUAAGUGCCAUGGGGCUCACCCACCACACUGUCCCCGGGGCCGAGGAGGUCAUGCAGACAGCCCCAGCCACCGUGAUUCUCAGAGACCUGUGCCACGGUUUCCCCAUUGGCUAAACGGGGAUGGUCACGUGCCCUGCCUACCUCAUGGAGCUGUUCUGAGGACCCACGUAAAAGCACUUUGUUCCUCAAAGGAAGAUGCAGAAGCCAAAGCCAUCUGUGAGCGAGCCAGUGCAGCUGUAGGCACUCGGAGGAGGCAGCGGUGUGGGGUGCGAGGCACAUGGGUCCCAGGCAGGAGCAGCUGCCAGUCACCACCAGGCAAGGCCAGGUGGGGGCUGGCCACUGCCCUCCAGCCGGGUCCACCGCUUCGUCUCUCCACCCACAUCAGCCCCCCCACCCUCCCAGGGUCCCGGGUUGGCCCUGCUGCACUGCCCUCACCCCCAGACGGCAAGACCUGGCCACACUGCGGUCGGGCCUUUGCUCUGGAGCAGAUUCCUCAUUACAGGACAGGGCCACCUGCUUCCGUGGGCCAGCCACCUGACCGCGCUUGUCCUCGCCGCCUUCCCCAGACCCGCCCCCACGGGUGGAGGAGGGAGAACGCGUCCCGACAUUCCCCCUCCUGGCCUUGGGGGCCACCGCGCGGUCCGAACCUGUAGCCCAAGGGGUGCCCCUCUACGUCUCUGCAGACCCCCAUCCAUCCGUCGUGCAUUGUUUAGUUUCUAGGAUGUACGUGUUGCGAGGUUUUUUUCUUUUUCAAUGAAAAACAGGAUUCAUGUAAAUAGCCUUUUGGGGGAACAGAUUCUAAUCUGUCACGUAUGUGACCACGUGGACUAUUUUAAGGUGCUGAUGCAAAACACUAAUAAACCUGGGGGGCAACCCCAGGCCUUCCCUGG